AUGACAGGUAUGCCACCGAUCGGCAGAGAAUACAACAGUCACUGCCGGUGCGUUCAAGUGGAGUCGAGAAUCAUCCCGCCGGACAGCCUGAGGAGCAUCAAGCUGUUCCCUGAAGGGCCCCACUGCCCCGACAUAGAAGUCAUAGCUGGACUGGCGAGCGGGGAGAAAGUUUGUCUGAACCCGCGGUCGUCCUGGGUGAAGAAGCUCAUCCAGUUUGUUCUUGCAAAAGAACUUCAUCAGGGGGGGUCACUUCCAAAGAAUCAAGCAUAGUAUCAAAAGACAAACAGUGAAACAUGUGCAAUGAAUUCCUCUCUGCAGCGAUGAGCCAUGCUGUUGUACUUUAAUAAAUCGCACUUAACACAAUUUGUAUAGCUUAUUUAUAUUGUUACUGUUUGAAUGCUCUUUUUUUAACCAAACAGGAAGUGUCGAAAUAGCUGAAUGAAGUAUGUCUAAGCAUUAUAGGAAUUCAGGGGUUGUUGCGUGUAACGUGUAAAUUGUAAAAUAAAUCAAGUGUGAAUGAGUGUUAAUUAUUCUCUUUAUAGAACGUUUGGUUGUAUGUCGGAUGCAGACACUUUGUAGCAUGUCAUGUGUAAUAUUCAAGACAUCAUUUCCUUUAUUUUGUGAAAAUCACUUGCUUUGUUAAACCCCUUUCCCAACGUUGGCACCGUCAGGGUCUAUAUCCAAUUUGAGAAAACAAAAUAAAUGAUAAAAA